AGAAAUUGUACAACUUCUGGUCUUAAGGAAUAUAUGGUAGACACUGACUGCUUCCUUAAUAGCCACUCCCCCACUCUUCCUUUAUUGUUUCCUUUAUUUGGUAUACCCAGAUUUUGUUCGGUUAUCAAAGUGGUCAUCUGUUUCAGGUAAUGUUUGGUCCCUUCUGAGCUAUAAAGUUUCUGACUCUUGAUAAUCUAACUCAAACAGGGUGAAUCCACUCCUCUUGACAAUGAUUGGUUUAGAAAUGAGUAAAUGAUAUCAUUCUGGCCAAUAAUACUGGAGGAAAAGUCUGUUAGGUACUCUGGGAAAGUUUUGCUUACUUAAAAGAGACAUAGGUAAAGGGAAUUUUUUUUAAACUUCUGAAUGUCAUCUUAGUUGUUUCCAGAUUGCCAUAGCAGUCAUGAGACCAUGAAUAUAGGCAGCCUACAAAGAGGUUGGCAGAGCACAAAACCAGAAAGAUCCUGGGUCUUUGAUGACAUCACUUUAAAUUUUAAGUCAUUUUGCACUUACAGACAGAGCAUCUUAACAGAUAGAGAAUUUAUUGAGAUUGUGAUAUGAUAUGUAACCAAAUCAUAUGUUUUACAAGUGCUAAGCAAGGUAUACUUUUUGAAUUUAGAGUUAAAAGCAGAGUUUUAUAGUUAGUCAUAUUCUUGCUUUGAUUCUAGACUCUUCUGCUUAAUGAGCAAGUUACUUAAUUUCUCUAAUCCAGGGAUUGGCCAGCUUUUCUAUAGAGUCCAAAGAAUAAAUAUUUUAGGCUUUAUGGGCCAUACAGUUUCUGUUGUACCUACUUAACACUGCUGUUGUGGUGUGAAAGCAGCCAUAUAUAAAUGAAUGAGUGUGGCUGUAUUCCAGUGAAACUAUUUAUAUUUGAAUUCCUUAUUUUUAAUGGGUAGGAUAUAAUUUUCACAUAUCAUAAAAUAUUCUUUUUUGUUGUUCAACCAUUUAAAAAUGUAAAAAAAUACAUUUUUAUCUCAAAGGCCAUACAAAAUCAGCUGGAGGGCUAUAGCACUUAUAUAUACACUCUAUAAUACUCUAUAACACUCAUAUAACCUUGGAAAAUCUAUUGAGGAAUAAAAGAGUUCUUACUCAUUUGCUACAUGACAUUUCUUUAUGUAGGGAGGAAUGGGCUUGAUAAACUGGAUUUUUGGAGCAUACUGCAAAGCCUUGGUAAUUUCAUUCCAAAAGCUAAUUUAUGUAAGUGACAAUAGGGGGAAAAAUGGAAGCAUAAAUGUUCUGCCUCUUAAAUAUAGGUCUCUGUCUGGAGACAUUAAGUAGAACUUACUACUUACAUUAUUUAUUUUAGAAAAUAGAAGCUGUCUUCCUCUCAGUGUCUCAAAUGAAAAAAGUUAUUCCAUAUCAUAACUGAUCUGUUAUAAAAGAAGGGGUCCUGCCACUUUGUCCCUUUUGGAAACAGGGCUUAUCCAAAGGCACUGACCAUGGAUGAACUCCCCUCCCCCACUUUUUUUCCUCCUAAUAUUUUCCUCCUAAUAAUGACUGACAGAGAAGAGGCAGUCCCAACUGCUCAGGCAUUUGUAAGAAAAAACCUCACUAGCAGAUAUCUUAGAAACCAAAGGAAGCAAUCUGAUUAUAACAUAAUAUUAACCUGACUAGAAAUAAAAGGAUCUUGUUGCAAAAAGCUCUUUGACUGAUUUCUGUCUCUUAGAUUUUGGAAUUUUUUACUUUCAACUUUAUAAAAAAAAAAAGAACUAAUGAAUUAAUUAGGGCCUGGCAAAAAGAGGUGAGUUCUCUCUGAUCUUUGGCAAGAAUUCUUAAAAUCACUAAAUUAGGAUUCAUGUAAAAAUUAAAGGAGAUAAGUGUAAAGCACUUAGCUUUGGGAAUUCAAAAGUUAGCUAUUGUUUACUUUUUUUAUUAUCUUCUGCAUCCUUGCUUAUUUUAUGUCUACUGGAGCUGUCAAAAACUGAGAGGUGUAGAUAAAUCUGUACUACUGUAGUAUUUCUAUCCAUUUCUCUUUAUAUAUAACAGUUCAGUUUAUGUACUUUAAUGUUAUUUGGUAUAUAGUGGUUUACGAUGUUGCAUUAUAAAAUAUACCUUUUACUAAUAUAAAGUGAACUUUCAUUAUUCUAUUUGUUUUUACCUCAAAUUCCAUUUUGUCUGAUAUUUCUAUAUAACCUAGUUUCUGUUGUAUAUUCUCAUAAUUUUAAUCUUUGGUUUUGGGUGUUUUUCUCUGAAUAACAUAUAGUUGUCUCUUCAUAGUCUUAAGGGUUUUAUCUUUUACGGUGGGUGAUUUACUAAUAAUGAAUAUAAAUAAAUUAAUGAUAUAUCUUUAUUUUCCUCCAGUCAUCUUAUUUUAUGUACCAUUUUUGUUCUGCCUUGAUUCUUUAUAACAUUUACCAUAUGAUUUAUUUCUUUUAAUUCCACCAGUAUUGUAAAAUUAAAUAUUUGUGUUUAAUUCUAUUGGUUAUUUUUACCAGCAAGCUAGCCAACUUCUCUUUAAUCUGUAAUUCUUCUCUGUUUGUCAGAAUCACGAGUUGAAUAGUGAGAACUGUUUUCUGGUUCAAGAUUGUGGAUUUAGCACAUGUGGACUCAUGGUCUUGUUUCUUCUUAAAUCCCGUUAAAAUAGAUUAGGUAGAUAUGAAGAGGUGUCAACUUAAAACAGCAAGGAGAAAAGGAAAGGAAGAGUUAAGGAUUAUCAGUAGACAUGUGAUUUGGCCACUUUUCUGGAAGAUGGAAAAUGGAUGUUGGUGGAUUAAAACCAUAGCCCAGAGUGUGCUGUAAGUAGACUGCAGUGAACUGGGAGUGCUACCACCCUGCUCUCCCCUAAAACCGCAGAGGGACUUUCAGGCAUAGUCUUACCAGGCAGGACAGAGAGCAAGAGUAAGAAAUAGGAUUGACUAAGGUAGGGAGGGUGGGAAAGACUUAACUGAAGAUAAGUAUAUAAAACACCUGUGAUAAUACCCUCCCUGCUUCCUGCAUGCAGAAUAGGCUGGAGAGAGUGUAGUCAGGUGUAUAUACCGCCAAGAAAAAAAGAAGUCUCUUCUAAAGAGAUUAAGUGAAAUCAGUGGGGAGCUAGGACUUGUAGUGUGGGUUGUUGGCUCUGGAAUAGGGGUCAGCAGACUUUAUGUAAAGUGUCAGAUGGUGGAUAUUUUAAGAUUUGCAGGGCACAUAAGGUUAUGAUUUCAGUGGAAUAUGCCUCUUGUAGUUUUUGUGUUUGUUUUCUAUAGCACUUUAAAAAAUAAAAGUCAUUCUCAGCUCAAGGGUCAUACUGAAACAGUCUGACCUGUGAUCUGUAAUUCACUUCCACCCUGUUUAGGAAGAAGAUCCUCCUCAAUCUCUCAUCUGACGGCUGUGCAGUUGGAAAGCUAGCUCCUUACCAGCUCUUCCUGAAAAUAAACCUGCCUGUCAAGUGUUCUCCCUAAGCUUUGGGAAGAAACCUUGAUAUUACACCUGUGUUAAUAGGAAGCUGUUGAUUGAGAUUUCUGUUACAAAGUCUUCCUGUCAGGAGUAAGUCACUUUAUAAAACGAAAUUGAGAGCUUGUAAUCAUAGAGUGCUGUUUUUCAAUCUUAAACUUUUGACCAAGAAUGAAACUAUUUAAAAAUUAAGAUGCCAACAGAUCACGAAGAGCCCUGUGGUCCCAGUCACAGGUCAUUUUGCCUGAAUGGAGGGAUGUGUUAUGUGAUACCCACUAUUCCCAGCCCAUUUUGUAGAUGCACUGAAAAUUAUACAGGAGCUCGUUGUGAAGAGGUUUUUCUCCCAAGCUCCAGCAUCCAAACUAAAAGUGACCUGUUUGCAGCUUUUGUGUCAUUGACUAUUCUUCUAGGAACUCUUAUCAUUGGAGCCCUCUACUUCCUUUUCAGGAAGGGCCACCUUCAGAGGGCCAGUUCAGUCCAGUAUGAUAUCAACCUGGUAGAGACAAGCAGUACCAGUGCUCACCACAGUCAUGGAGAACACUGAAGAAAUAUCACACUGAACAAAAUCAUUCCUUGUUUGUCACAAAGGCAGAAAAUGAAACUCCAUAAGGCCUUAUAUGACCUAUUCUGUCUCCACCAAUAAUUGAUCGCCCCAGGUAUCUGAGUCUGUAGUCACCUUGCGGCUUUUACAAGUAAUGCCUGCCAC